AUGUCCCCCAACCCUCGCAGCGCGCGCGACGAAACCGACCCCCCAACGAGCCGACUGCCCGCCAUGGCUACCACAACCCUCAGAGUCGAGGGGAUGACCUGCGGGGCAUGCACUUCGGCUGUCGAGGGUGCGUUUAAAGAGGUGGACGGUGCUGGCGACGUCUCUGUCAGUUUGAUCAUGGGCCGGGCCGCAGUGCAGCAUGAUCCCUCUGUGCUACCCCCGGAGAAAAUUGCCCAAAUGAUCGAGGACUGCGGUUUCGAUGCGAAGGUUUUGUCGACUGACGAGCAGACAAAAAGUCCCGGGAACAGUGGUGUAAACGACACGCGAGUGUCAGUGACCAACUUAGCGGUUGAGGGCAUGACCUGUGGCGCGUGCACCUCUGCGGUUGAAAGCGGACUCAAGGACAUCCCAGGAGUGAGUUCAGUGAAUGUGUCUCUACUUUCGGAGCGUGCAUUAGUGGAGCAUGAUGUGGAGAAAAUCACGCCAGAGCAGAUCGCGGAGAUUAUCGAGGAUCGCGGAUUUGGAGCGCGGGUGUUGGAUACCGCGACAUCGCCGGGCCAUGACGCCUCAUUAUCGGUCGCCGAAAUGGCGGGAGAAAAUCCAGAGCACUGGGUAACGACCAUCGCCAUAGGAGGAAUGACCUGUGGCGCUUGUACUUCCAGCGUCCAGAAUGCCUUUGACCAUGUCGAGGGGUUGAUUCAGUUCAACAUUAGUCUUCUCGCCGAGCGUGCCGUGAUUGUACAUGACCCUGCCAUUCUCACAAGAGAGAAACUCAUUGCGCUCGUCGAGGAUACUGGAUUCGAUGCGUCGGUUGUGUCAUUCGAGGCGCAGGCGCCUCUCUCAAGGAAGACUCAGCAAAUCCACCUGAACCUCCACGGCCUCCAAAAUGCCGCCGAUGCAUCUGCGCUGGAGGAGGACUUAUUACGCCAACCGGGGAUCUGUUCGGCAUCCAUUAAUUUAAUAUCUUUCCGUGUUGCCAUCUCCUUCGAUGCAUCGGUGAUCGGAAUCCGAUCUGUGGUGGAAACGAUCGAGGCCGCUGGGUACAAUGCGGUGCUAGCUGAUUCAAACGACACCAAUGCACAACUAGAAUCGCUGUCCAAGACGAAAGAAAUCCAGGAAUGGAAGCGCGCAUUCACGACAUCGGUAUCCUUUGCGAUUCCCGUGUUCGUCAUCAACAUGGUGUUGCCGAUGUACCUGCCUAGUCUCGACUUUGGCGGCUUUGAACUGCUUCCGGGCCUCUAUCUCGGAGAUCUGGCAUGUCUUUUUCUUACUAUUCCUGUGCAAUUUGGCAUCGGAAAACGAUUCUACUACACCAGUUAUAAAUCUCUCAAGCAUCGCUCUCCGACCAUGGAUGUUCUCGUCAUGCUUGGUACCUCGGCUGCCUUUUUCUACAGCUGUUUUACUAUGGCCAUGGCCAUGUGUAGCAUGCAGCACAAACGCCCGAGUACCGUGUUCGAUACUAGUACGAUGCUUAUCACUUUCAUUACUCUCGGCCGGUGGUUAGAGAAUCGGGCCAAGGGACAAACGUCCGCUGCUUUAUCUCGCCUCAUGUCUUUGGCUCCAUCGAUGACCACAAUUUACGAAGACCCCAUUGCUGCCGAGAAGCUGGUCGAGGGAUGGAUCUCAAAGAGUGCCUCAGAGAACCCUGGCGCUGGUCCAACAUUGCCCGAGGACACAACGGUCAACCAGAAAUUCAUUCCCACUGAACUGAUUCAGGUCGGCGACAUUGUCAUCCUUCGCCCCGGAGACAAGGUCUCUGCGGACGGUGUGGUCAUGCGGGGCGAGAGUUUUGUCGACGAGAGCAUGAUCACUGGAGAGCCGCUACCAAUCCACAAAAAGAAGGGCAGUCAUGUCAUCGCCGGGACGGUCAAUGGCACGAGCUCAGUGGACUUCAAAGUAAUCCGAGCGGGCAAAGAUACGCAGCUGAGCCAAAUCGUGAAACUCGUCCAGGACGCACAAACAAGUCGGGCCCCUAUCCAACGCAUGGCUGACAUUGUAGCCGGCUACUUUGUCCCCACGAUUAUCGGUCUUGGAUUGAUCACCUUUUUUGGCUGGAUGUUCCUGAGCCAUGUGCUAUCCAACCCGCCCAAGAUCUUCCAGGGUGACGACAGUGGUGGCCGGGUCAUGGUUUGCCUGAAGCUGUGUAUUUCGGUCAUUGUCUUUGCAUGUCCUUGCGCUUUAGGUCUCAGCACGCCGACGGCUGUCAUGGUUGGCACUGGAGUGGGCGCUGAGCAUGGGAUCCUCGUCAAAGGGGGUGCCGUACUGGAAGCGGCCACCAGGGUCAACCAUGUUGUCUUCGACAAGACAGGUACAUUGACUUCUGGACGAAUGAGUGUGGCGCAGACCCGCAUUGAGCCCCAGUGGACUGCCAACGAGUGGCGCCGCCAACUCUGGUGGCUUCUUGUUGGCCUGGCGGAGAUGAAUAGCGAGCACCCGAUCGGCCGAGCGAUCCUCUCCGAAGCCAAGGCUGAAGCAGGACACCCUGGGGAAGAUGGACUCCCGGGUAGCCUGGGUGACUUUGAUGCCUGUGUGGGUCAAGGUAUCUCGGCCGUUGUCGAACCUACAUCCAGCGUAGAACGGACUCGUUACCAGGUUAUUUUGGGCAAUGCCAACUUUCUGCGGUCUAGAAACGUCCCUGUGCCUGCCUCGGCGGACCCCGAAUCCGCCACGAAUGAACCAGGCUCGGAGACGGGUGCUCCCAAGCCCGGCAAGGCGGUCUCUGGGAUCACACGGAUUCACGUUGCCAUUGACAGCCACUAUGCGGGGACAAUAUCGCUUCGAGAUACCAUCAAGGACACAUCAGUGGCAGCGGUAGCAGCCCUGCAUCGCAUGGGCAUCUCCACCUCACUAGUGACAGGCGACACAUCCUCGACAGCGAUUUCUAUUGCCACGGCUGUAGGCAUCCCCGUUGCCUCGGUACAUGCAUCGGUCUCGCCAACCAACAAGCGAGCAAUCAUCUCCUCUCUUCAGUCCACAGGCGAGCGUGUCGCCAUGGUUGGUGACGGAAUCAACGACUCCCCCGCCCUAGCCACGGCCCUUGUCGGGAUUGCGCUAGCAUCCGGCACCGACGUGGCAAUAGAAGCAGCCGAUAUUGUUCUGAUGCGUCCAGAUGACCUGCUCUCCGUCCCAGCCAGCCUGGCGCUCUCGCGCUCAGUGUUCACGCGCAUCAAGCUGAACCUGAUGUGGGCGUGUCUGUACAACAUCAUCGGCCUCCCCUUCGCCAUGGGUAUCUUCCUCCCCUUCACUGGGUUCGUGCUCCCUCCAAUGGCCGCCGGCGCCGCCAUGGCCGCAUCCAGCGUCUCCGUCGUCGUCAGCAGUCUUUUGUUGAAGUUCUGGCACCGUCCGUCGUGGAUGGAGAUCGACCGCCUCGAGAAGGAGCUGGACUUGGAUUUGAUUUCUGCCACUGGCGCAGCUCAUCGUCGCGCCCAUGCCCGCAAGUCACGCUGGUGGACCCCUGCUACCAUACUCGCUUCCAAUCGCCCGCGUUCCCUUCGCCGCUGGCUCGGUCAGUCGGUGUCUGCGGUUUGGUCUUUGGCGACUGGGAGGGGGUUCAAGCCGGCCGUCCAAGAGGACGAGGGCUAUGUCCCGCUCCAGACGGUGGAAUCGCCUGUGUGA